CGCGCCACCGAUCGCCAGCCAUGCACAGCCUCGCCCUCGCCCCGCCUCCGGCCACGCCGUCCUUCUGACCCUGCCGCGUUGAGCUAGGCUCCGAGGACGCCACCCACCAUGGCGACGGGGAAGAAGACGAACCAGCUCCCUCCCCCGGCCAGCCGGCUGUGGGAGGCGGGCAUCCGCAAGCUUAAAUACUCUACCAUCCUUCGCGGCUCCGUCGUCCCCUCCUCCGCCGCCUUCGACGGAGCCGCCGGCGCCGCUGCCGCCAACUCAGCAGCCUGCGACCCCGCCACCCUGGGCGCGCUCUCCGUCAGCUCCUCCACCAAGUCGAACACCAUCUACCAGUACAACGAUGACGACGGCGACGACACUGACUCUGUGCUCGACGACAACGACACCGACGAUGACGAGGAGGAGGUGGCGCUCGGCGAGCCCAGCCACGCCGAGCAGCUGCUGCCCAGCGGCGACUUCUACCAGGGCGACCUGCGCGGGGAGCUCCCGCACGGCGCCGGCAAGUACCUGUGGACGGACGGCAGCAUGUACGAGGGCUCGUGGCGCCGCGGCCGCGCGUCCGGGCGCGGUAAGUUCUCCUGGCCGUCCGGCGCCAUCUACGAGGGCGACCUCGACGGCGGGUACAUGCACGGACAAGGGACCUACAUCGGCGAGCUCGGGGACACGUUCGCCGGCCUGUGGGCGAACAACCUCCGGCACGGCCGCGGCACGCAGGCGUAUGACAACGGCGACGUGUACGACGGCCACUGGCGCGACGGCCUGCAGGACGGACACGGCCGGUACAUCUGGCGCGGCGGCCACGAGUACAUUGGCACGUGGAAGGCCGGCGAGAUGCACGGCCGCGGGACGGUGAUAUGGGCGGACGGCGACCGGUACGACGGCGCGUGGGAGGACGCCAAGCCCAAGGGGCAGGGCACGUUCCGGUGGUCCGACGGUGGAAUGUACAUUGGCCUGUGGUGUCAGGAGUGCGGCGAGACGCAGGCCAGGGGUGUGUACUACCCGCCGUCCGGUGGCCCGGCGGUGCCGGUGCCCCGGGAACCCAAGGAGGAGAUCACGAAGCUGCUCGAGGAGCUUGAGAUGUGCGAGGGGAAGACGGCGUCGCUGCUGCCGUCGCAGAAGGUAGUGACAUGGCCAGGGGUGGAUCCCGUGAUGAAGAAGCCGGUGUGGAGGCCGCCGGAGGUUGGCGCCGACCAAGGGAGGAGGUCGAGCGUGAACAGGAGGAGCAGCGUGUCGUCCGACCUGGACUGCCUGAGUCUGGCUGAGGUGGAGGAAGGCGAGGAGGGUCGCAGCGACAGGUCAUGGCUGCGGACGCCGUCGUGUAUGCGUGCGCCGGUGCCGCCGAGGCCGGGGAAGAAGCAGGGGGAGACGAUCUCCAAGGGCCACAAGAACUACGAACUGAUGCUCAACUUGCAGCUGGGUAUCAGGCAUGCAGUAGGAAGGAAUUCAGCACCUACUUCGUUGGAUCUUAAAGCAUCAGCAUUUGAUCCCAAAGAGAAGGUGUGGACAAGAUUUCCUCCUGAAGGAUCAAAGAAUACUCCUCCUCACCAGUCAUGUGAUUUCCGGUGGAAGGACUACUGUCCAUUAGUUUUCAGGACUUUGCGUAAGCUCUUUGACGUCGAUCCAGCAGAUUACAUGAUCUCCAUCUGCGGGGAUGAUGCACUGCUGGAGCUUUCAUCUCCUGGUAAAAGUGGAAGUUUCUUUUAUUUCACCAAUGAUGACAAGUACAUGAUUAAAACAAUGAAGAAAUCAGAAGUUAAAGUAAGCUCCAUCCUUCCUUGUCAAGCUAGUUUAGAAAAGAUUCAGCAUUUCCUGGAAUUUAUACUUUUUUUUUGUUAUGAUCAGGUGCUUCUGAGGAUGCUUCCAGCCUAUUAUAAGCAUGUCCGUUCUUUUGAUAAUACUCUAGUAACUAAAUUUUUUGGUCUGCAUUGCGUUAAAAUUACAGGAGCUAUUCAGAAAAAGGUUCGGUUUGUUAUAAUGGGGAAUCUUUUCUGCUCCAACUAUGCGAUCCACAGACGCUUCGAUUUGAAAGGAUCCUCACAUGGUCGCACGACGGACAAACCCAUUGAUCAAAUCGAUGAAACCACCACUCUGAAGGACCUUGAUCUCAAUUUCAUUUUCCGGUUAGAGGGAGCAUGGUUCCAGGACUUCUGCAGGCAAGUGGACAAAGAUUGUGAGCUUCUGGAGCAAGAGAGAAUCAUGGAUUACAGUCUUCUGGUUGGCAUUCACUUCAAAGACCAAUGCAAAGACAGCAGUGCUGACAACGAGACACCUCAAACUGCUCCUGAAGAUGAGGAUAAAAGAAAAGCUCCAGUCAAGCUAGGGAUCAGCAUGCCCUCAAGGGUGGAGAGCGUUGUGAAGAACCCUGAUAGUGAAUCCCUGUUUAUUGGAGAUCCUACAGGAGAAUUUCGGGAGGUUAUCCUGUUCUUUGGAAUCAUUGACAUUUUACAAGAUUACGAUAUCAGCAAGAAGCUUGAGCAUGCCUACAAAUCUAUGCAAUAUGAUCCUAACUCCAUAUCGGCUGUUGACCCCAAGCAGUACUGCAAAAGGUUCAGAGACUUCAUUUACAGGGCUUUUACUGAAGAUGUACAGUAAAUACUGCAUUUUGACAAAAUGGAACACUCUUUACCGAAGAGAGCAUAACAAUCAGCUGAUGGAUGCUUUUUGGGCUAUUUCCAGGACUUCUUUGUAGGUAAGACCAUUCAUUCAUUCUAUUGUAGAUGGUAAUGCGUAAUUAGUGUGACAAUUUGCCCCUCUGAUGGGUGUACAGAUUUUGUAAAUUUUUUUCCAAAUAUUCUCAAGAGUAAUUAGAUGUAGUGUAAUUGUACUCAUGUUAAUUGGCAUGAAAAGGAUGUAGGAUAGAAAUUGCUGAUCAUGUAACAAUUCUUUCAGUUUUACUUAUUUCCUCAGCAAAAUGGUUGUUAUGCGAGCAAUGCUUAAUCAAUUUAACCUAGUAACCUGUAUUGCUUUCUUUUAUAAAAGAAAUGGCUUCCAAAA